AUUUAAUAAAAAUGGAUCCUAAAAGUUUAAUUGAUGAUUUAAACGAUAUUUUAUUGAGUGAAUACUAUUGUUUUAUGGAAAUAUUAGGGAAGGGAAGUUUCGGAAUAGUGAUUGCAGCAUAUAGUUCCCAUUUAGAUAAGAUAGUAGCAAUAAAAGUAGGAAAUGCUUAGAUUUAAGGUUACUCCAUACUUUGAGUAGGAGAUCGAGUCAUGUCUAUUGUAAGAGUGUUCUCAUCCAAAUAUAGUGAAAUUUCAUAGAGUUUUAAAGGCAAAUAAUUACAUUUAUUUAAUAAUGGAGAAACUAUCAGGUUAGACUUUAGAUGUAAUACUGAGAGAGAAGAAUAUGGAUGAUGAUGAAGUUAGAAAUAUAAUGCAAUAAGUAUUAAAUGCAUUAGUAUUUCUACAUCGUAAAGGAAUUAUUCAUAGAGAUUUGAAACCAGGUAUAACUAUUAUACGUAUCUAGAAAAUAUAUUCAUAUGUAAUAAUAAUCUAGUUAAAUUAAUUGAUCUUGGAUUAGGAUAUUAAAUAGUAUGUAGAGGAAUCAUAGCUUAAUAAGUUGGAACUCCUUAUUAUAUUGCUCCUGAGGUUAUUAAUGCUGGAGAAUAAACAUAAGCACUUGAUAUAUUUGCAUUAGGUAUCAUCUAUUAUUAAAUGAUGUGUCAAAAUAAACAUCCUGUAUGGGAAGAUGGAAUCUCAAAAAAAGAUUAUUAUAAAAUCAUAUCAUAAGACUUUAAUAUAACAUAACCUUAUCAUUUAUCAGAGUAAACACUAUUAUUAAUUAUUAUUAUCAUCUAGAAUGGCAUAUGAUUUUGUUAGAAAUACUAUUUGCCAUAAUCCUUUAGAUAGAAUGACUGCCUAUCAAUGUCUUGAACAUCCAUGGAUCUUAGGAGAACAUACCAAAUCACAUCCUAUCACUAAUAGAGAAAUCAAAUAAACAUAUUCUUUUACAUCUAAAUUCCUUAUUGUAUCUCUUACCUCUAUCUAAGAUAAUCAAAGCACUCAAUAUACUGAACUAUUUCAAAUCACUAUCCCAUGAACACAUUUAUUACCUUAAGACCUAAGAUUCAGAUCAAAUUUAAUCAUUCCUAUUAAAUGAUCAUACUCCUAUGACUUCUCGACUACAUACUGAAACCAAUUUCCAUCCCUGCAAUAAUUAAUAUAGAAUCUAAAAAAGAAAUCUAGGACUCACUAAAACUGUGUCUCAUCAAGACUUUACAUCCAUUAAAAAUAGAUAACUCAAUAAACACAGUAAUUUAAUCUUUCUAGCUUUAGAUUUUACUAAUAGGUAUUAAACCUAACUGGAUCUACAUAUACCAAUACCUAAACAUAAUAGUUAGAAAAAAAUUAAUGUUCAUCUGCCAUCCAUCUCACCUUAAUAAACUAAAUAGUCAAUCUUUAGCUUUAAGUAAUCAUGA